AUGAAGCUCCCGACGCACAACGUGCUCACCUCCCACGUGCGAGGAGGGAAGCCUGGUGGAGGAUUCCCCCUUCGUAUCCAGGCCCUGGAAGUGAAGGUGAACAAUGUAGAUUUCAACCCGGAGUUCAGAGCGCGGAUGGUACCCAAGGUGGAAUGGGCAGCUUUGGUAGAGGCAGCGGAGAGUUUGGUCACCGAUCAAGACCUGCCCCCUGAGCCCAUCCCUGACUUCGAGAACAAUGAGGAUUUCCUUCGAAAAGUCCAUCAUGUGCUGAUGGAGGUGGAAGUGGUUGAAAGUGUGCUGAAAUGCCCAAAUACUGGGCGUGAGUUUCCCAUAACUAAAGGGAUACCCAACAUGUUGCUGAGCGAAGAGGAGACAUGAGCUGGUUUGUGGCAA